AUGGACAUUGACAACGCUACAACAACCGACAAUAGCACCAUUAACACUGUGUCGGAGACUGGCGAGGCCCCAGUCUGGACUGCCGAGACCGCCGAUUGGUAUGCCGCCAAUUUCGGAGAUUCCGCGACGAACCGUGUGGCGGUGGAUUACUUGAUCGAACAAGGAUUUCUCUCGUCAUGUCACUCCAUGGUGGUCGACAUCGGGUGUGGUACCGGCACGGCGCUGCGGCAUAUUGCGGAGGAAUUGCAAACUUCCAAAGUUACACUCAUGGGCGUGGAUCCGACGGCCCGCAUGUUGGAAAUUGCGCGUGAACAGACCCAAUCCAUGUGCCCGACCUUUGAUUUCACCCGCUUUCAAUGGCGUCUGGCAGGAGCGGAAGGGUUGCCGUUGGCCGACAAUUCUGCCAAUGUCGUCAUGGCAUUGGAUGUUCUGGAUCACGUCCAUGAUCUGGGAAAGAGUCUCAAGGAAAUUCAUCGCAUUUUGAAACCUGAUGGGACCCUGGCCAUUGGCAAGGAUGGUAGUUUGGGGGAAGACAGCAAUACCGAACUGCAUCUGCAGUGUGCACGAGAACAUGGAUUGGUCGUUCACAGCAUUCGGAAACUCGCGGAAACCGAUGACAAUGUGGCGAUGACUGUCGUGAUUCUCAAGAAAAAGUAG